AAAAUGCAAAGCAAAGCCUCUGGUCCCUUGAACACUCCCUCAUUCAUUCACAUCACAACACACUGCACUCUCUCUCUCUCUCUACAUUGCCACCAAGCAACUACCCACCAGCACAUGUAGUGGGAGGACAGACAACAUUAUAUCUUGGUGAUCCCUAUGAAGGGAGCUACCUGAACCUGCGAGAGUGGGAGGAUUUUCUUGUAAAAAAAAAAUAAAAAAAAGGUUCUAAACUUGUUUUGGUAUCUGGGUUCUUCAUCUUUCAAGCUCUUAUUACCUUCCUGGGGUCUAGAGCUUUAUCUCUCUAUAAUGGCUCUUUGUACGUCCUCAUUUCCCGCCAAUUUCAGCCGAGCAGUGGCUUUGGAUCUCCACAAGCACAGCUCUCUCACUCCUAAUGUGUUCUUGGGAACAGAUCUAUACUCUCAAUUUCAACACAAGCUCAAUCAGGUCAAGAAAAGGCCAAGUGGGGUUUAUGCAUCACUGUCACACAGAGAGGAGUAUCAUUCACAGAGGCCAGCAACACCUCUCUUGGACACCAUCAACUAUCCAAUCCACAUGAAAAAUCUUUCCAUAAAGGAAUUGAAGCAACUUUCAAACGAGCUUCGUUCUGAUGUCAUCUUCAAUGUUUCCAAGACUGGGGGACACCUCGGUUCAAACCUUGGCGUUGUCGAGCUCACAGUGGCUCUUCACUAUGUCUUCAGUGCUCCUCAGGACAGAAUUCUUUGGGAUGUUGGUCAUCAGUCUUACCCACACAAAAUCUUGACUGGGAGAAGAGACAAGAUGCACACCAUUAGACAGACAAAUGGGCUGUCAGGAUUUACAAAGCGCUCAGAGAGCGAGUAUGAUUGCUUUGGCACAGGCCAUAGUUCAACCACCAUCUCAGCAGGCUUGGGGAUGGCUGUGGGAAGGGACUUAAAAGGAAGAAAGAACCGUGUAGUUGCUGUUAUAGGUGAUGGUGCCAUGACAGCAGGUCAAGCUUAUGAAGCCAUGAACAACGCAGGGUACCUUGAUUCAGACAUGAUUGUCAUUCUUAACGACAACAAACAAGUCUCUUUACCCACUGCUACUCUAGAUGGGCCUAUACCACCUGUUGGAGCUUUGAGCAGUGCUCUAAGUCGGUUACAAUCAAACAAGCCUCUCAGAGAAUUAAGAGAAGUUGCAAAGGGAGUGACUAAACAAAUUGGUGGGCCGAUGCAUGAACUUGCUGCGAAAGUUGAUGAAUAUGCUCGGGGAAUGAUCAGUGGUUCUAAAUCAACGCUGUUCGAAGAACUUGGACUCUAUUAUAUUGGUCCUGUUGAUGGUCACAACAUAGAUGAUCUUGUUUCAAUUCUUAGAGAGGUUAAGAGCACUAAAACAACAGGUCCUGUCCUCAUCCAUGUUGUCACUGAGAAAGGCCGAGGAUAUCCAUAUGCUGAGAAAGCCGCAGACAAGUACCAUGGAGUGGCCAAGUUUGAUCCAGCAACAGGAAAACAAUUCAAAGCCAGUGCUAAAACGCAGUCAUACACGACGUACUUUGCAGAGGCUUUGAUUGCAGAAGCUGAGGCAGACAAAGAUAUCGUUGCAAUCCAUGCUGCAAUGGGUGGUGGAACAGGCUUGAACAUAUUCCACCGCCGCUUCCCAACACGAUGCUUUGAUGUCGGAAUAGCAGAACAGCAUGCUGUAACUUUUGCUGCAGGAUUGGCCUGUGAAGGCAUUAAACCCUUUUGUGCAAUCUACUCAUCUUUCAUGCAAAGGGCUUAUGAUCAGGUAGUGCAUGAUGUCGAUUUACAAAAGUUGCCUGUGAGAUUUGCAAUGGACAGGGGUGGGCUGGUUGGAGCAGAUGGUCCAACACAUUGUGGUGCUUUUGAUGUCACUUUUAUGGCAUGCCUACCAAACAUGGUAGUGAUGGCUCCUUCUGAUGAGGCUGAACUGCUCCACAUGGUUGCAACUGCUGCUGCCAUAGAUGACCGGCCAAGUUGUUUCCGCUACCCCAGGGGAAACGGCGUGGGCGUAGAGUUGCCACCAGGGAACAAAGGCAUUCCACUCGAGGUUGGGAAAGGCCGGAUAUUGAUUGAAGGGGAGAGAGUCGCACUACUGGGAUAUGGAACAGCAGUUCAAAGCUGUUUGGCUGCAGGAGCUUUGAUAGAACAUCAUGGUUUGCGGUUAACAGUUGCAGAUGCACGCUUUUGCAAACCAUUGGAUCAUGCUCUUAUUCGCAGCCUAGCAAAGUCACAUGAGGUUAUAAUCACAGUGGAAGAAGGAUCGGUUGGGGGGUUCGGGUCACAUGUUGCUCACUUCAUGUCCCUAGAUGGGCUUCUUGAUGGCACAGUCAAGUGGCGACCACUCGUUCUUCCUGAUUGCUACAUCGACCAUGGAUCGCCAGUUGACCAACUGGUUCAAGCUGGUCUCACACCAUCUCAUAUUGCCGCAACAGUGUUCAACAUACUUGGACAAACAAGAAAGGCUCUAGAGAUCAUGACAUAGAAGAGAUAUCGGGUUUUUAGUCCUCGUCUCAUCAAUGUACCUAUACGAUCAAAAAGUGAGAAAUUUGAUUUUUCAUCUUUCAAUACUGUAAAAAUUAGUCUUAGCAUAGACAGAGUAUCAAACCUCUUGUAAGAUUUUCAUGGUCAAUUCAUUGUAGCCAACCUAUUGCCAGUUGAA